UAAAUAAACCGCGAACAUAGAUUAGAUUAGCUGCCACCUAUCAUUGAAGCUACAUACCAUAGUUGAAACACAUAGUUGCACUUAGUUAAUUAUUUCUGGUAUAACACUCCGAUAUUUUGUACAAAAAUGGCUGUAGAUUUAUCAUCUCCGAAAGCUCAGGAAGUCAUGGCUAUUAUCAAGAAGGAUAAGAUUGUUAUAUUCUCUAAAACAUACUGUCCCUAUUGUAAAAUGGCGAAACAGGUAUUUGACCAAAUGGGAGUCUCAUAUACUACAAUUGAAUUGGAAAAUAGAGAAGAUGGGGAUGAAAUUCAAAGUAUCUUAGGUGAAAUGACAGGAGCUAGAACGGUGCCACGUGUUUUUGUAAAUGAAAAAUGUCUUGGAGGAGGAUCAGAUGUUAAGGCAUUAUACAGUAAAGGGGAGUUACAGAAAAUAAUUGCUUAGUGAUAAGUUUUAAAAGAUGGUACCCGGGUAGUUAGAAUAUUGUACUGUUGAUUGUUUUAAAUUUUAUUUAUAUGAUAUAGAAUUUACAUUCAUAACACUUUUUAUCUAAAAUUUUUUUGUCUGCAUACUUUAUAUUGAUAUUUAAAUAAAAUAUUUUGUUGAUCAAUUUUAAUUCUAAACAAAUAAUUAACCC